AGACGAGUAAAGCAAGCGAUAGGAGAGAACAUCACUGGAGAAAGCAAGUGACCACCAUGCAAUAAAAGCAACAACCAUCUCCACCUGCUAUUGCACUUGUUAGCAAACUCCACACCUAAGAACAUUCACUCAUCACCUCUGCUUACAUACAAUUCUGAUGACUGUGCAUCACAUCAGCAUACUGCUAAACCAUUAACCCUGAAUUCUGAAUUCAGCCAGCAGCCCCAGAAUUCACAGGAAGAUGUCUGGACCCAAAGUGGAAAAAAUAUCUGCACCUGUGAGCCUUGGCGAAGGGCCUCACUGGGACCACGAUGCUGAAACAUUGUAUUAUGUUGACAUUAAAGGCCCUACAGUCCACAAGUAUGUCCCAGCCACAAAUAAACACACAGCAGUGAAAAUUGAUGGUGUCCAUGUCUCACUUGUCAUUCCACUUGAAGGGACAAAAGACAAGUUCGUGAUUACUGUAGGGCGUAAUGUUGCUAUACUGACAUGGGAUGGUGAAAGCAGCACUCCUACAGAUGUGAAAUAUGUUAGUGCUGUUGACAAUGAAAAAGAACUUCAGGGUAAUAAGCUAAAUGAUGGCAAGGCAGAUCCUACUGGUCGACUCUGGACAGGAUCUUUGGGCCCAGAUACAGGUUCGAUAACUGACCUUCCUCCAGUUGGGUCACUUUUCAGCUUCUCUAAGGAUUGGAAACCAACAAAACAUGUGACAAAAAUAAAAGUUGCAAAUGGACUGGCUUGGAAUGAACACCUAAAUUUAAUGUACUACAUUGAUUCCCUAACAAGGAAAGUCGAGGCUUUUGACUUUGAUGCUGAAAGUGGAAAAAUUACCAACAGACGCACAGCCUUUGAUUUUGAGAUAAAUGAAGUCGAUGGAUUUCCAGAUGGAAUGGCUAUUGAUAUUGAAGGAAAACUAUGGGUUGCUUGCUUUGGAGGGAGUCAGGUGAUUAGAGUGGAUCCUGCAAGUGGGAAACUGUUAAGUCGCAUCCCUAUUCCAACACCACAAGUGACAUCUGUUGCCUUUGGAGGACCACAACUUGAUGAACUUUAUGUCACCAGUGGAAAUAUUCUCUUGAAUGAAGGACAGAAGGAAGCGUACCCAGAAUCUGGUGCCACUUUCCGAGUCACAGGUCUUGGAGUCAAAGGGCUCCCUGGUCAACCUAUCAAAUUGUAAAUAAUUGUGUCUUCCAACAUAAAACAAUGUAAAAACCAGUGAAUUCGCCACCACCUUGGCCUAUAACUUGUACAUCAAUUUUCUGGGUACACUUUAGCCCUUUGAAACCAAAACUCACCUAAAUAAUAUUUAACAAUUAAGUUUAUACCAUAAAGAAAACCUACUCUUCACCAUUACAAAAAACAACUUGUUAAUGAUGUUUAAAUAUAAAAGGAAAUAAUUGUAGUUUACAGUGAGAAUUACACAAAAUCUGUAAAUAUAAAAUGAAGAGUUAUUUAUCUUUGAAGCAGGAGGGAAAUAGAGUAUCCACAAUUUAUUGAUACUGUAUUAUCUAUUAUUUUGAAAUGAUCACUAACAUCAUUAAACUGGGCUUACACACAAUAAAACAAUUAAAUCAAUGAUGACGAGCCUUUGUUUCACAGCUGAGGAAUAGCAAAGCAAACAACCAAUGUGCUGAUAAAAACAUGGGAGUUACAGUAAAUAAAAUGAAAUGUUCUAAUAACCUUGA